GAGACACUCCUUAGUUGCCGCCAUUAAUGCUUUCUCAUACUUGUCUUGUCCCCUGAUUACCACCACCCUCUUCAAUUUUAAAUUUUUUCACCUCCAUCAACAUCAUCAAAAUAAUCAUCGUCGUCCUCAUCAUUUCAUUUUAUUAAUCAGUAUUCUGUUUGACUUGACAAUAUUUCUCCCUGUUAGUCAUUUUUUUUAAGUUUGUGACUUUUGUGAAUUUUGAACAACUUUUUUUUUCUUAAAUCAGUUUUUUUUCCAUCAAUAUGACGAGUGUAACUGAAACUCCUGCUGUCGUCGCACCCAAUACUGAAGCAACCAAUGAACCAACAGAGGAUAAAGUUAAUGCUAAAACUGAGGAAACAACUACUACUACCACCACUAAUGCUAAUGCUAAUUCUACAACUGAAGAUGAUUCAAAGAAAGUAGAGGAAAGCAAUAAGGAUACUGCUGCUAGUCCGGUUAAAAAACCUACAGUCCAUAAGGUUGAUUAUGAGGAAGGAAAAGUCUAUUUGUAUCAAUUUGAAAGAUGUGCAUCACUUCCAUCAUCAUCUUCUCAUUGUCUUAAAUUGGAAACCUUUUUGAGAAUGGCUAAUAUACCCUAUGAGAAUGUUGAUCAUAAAAUGAGAUACAAAUCUAGCAAGGGUGAUAUGCCAUUUGUAGAAUUGAAUGGACGUGAAAUUGCCGAAACUGAUGUUAUUGUUGAGGAAUUAUCAAAAGAAUUUAAAGUUGAUUUGAACUCUGAUUUGACAGCCGAUCAGAAAGUCAUAGCUCAUGCUUUAGAAUCAAUGCUUGAGAAUCAUACAGCUUGGAUAAUUAAACAUUGGCGAUUCAAGCAUCCACAAGAAUUCUUGAAAGUUUCUGGAACAGAUAUUAAGAAAACAAUUAAUUCAAAGCUUCCUCAAUCUGUUCUCAACUUUAUGUUCAAAAUAGGAUUCAAAAGUAAUAUCAAAGAUCUUAUUGGGCAUGGCAUUGGACGACAUGAUGCAGAUCAAGUUUAUGCUACUGGGCGUAAAGAUUUGGAAAUGCUAAGCAAUGCAUUAGGUGAAAAAGAAUUCUUCUUUGGGGACAAACCACGAUUGCUUGAUGCUGAAGCAUUCUCAAUUUUAGCUCAAUUCAUCUUUGUUCCAUUUGAAAAUUAUGAUGAAUUUAUCAAAAAUGAUACUCCAAAUUUAUUCAAAUUUGUUGAAAGAAUGAAGGAACGCUACUGGAAGGAUUGGGACACAAUCUGUCAACCUGUCGAAACUGAAGUUGCACCAAAAAAGGAAGGUGAAACUGAUGACACUAAAAAAACUGACGAAGAUACUGAAGAAGAAAAGAAAAAGAAAGAAGAAUUGAAGAAAGAAAAGGAAGAGAAGAAGCGUAAGGAGAAAGAAGAAAAGGAACGUAAAAAGAAGGAGGAAAAAGAAGAGAAGGAACGUAAAAAGCGCGAAGCAAAGGAAAAGGCAGAAAAGGAAAAGGCUGAGAAGGCAAAGGCCGAAAAGGAAAAGGCUGAAAAGGAGAAAGCUGAGAAGGAGAAAGCUGAAGCAGAAAAGGCUGAAAAAGAGAAAGCCGAAAAAGAAAAGGCAGAGAAAGAGAAAGCUGAACAAAAAACUGAAUCUGAUAAAACUGAUGCUGAAAAAUCUGAGAAAACUGAACAGACUACUGAAGCAUCUAGUGCUGACAAACCCGGUGCUGAAACAACAACUGAAAAGACAGUGGAACAGAAAGACGGCGAAACAAAACCCAACGAUGCUAAUGUUGGCUAAACGAUGCUCAGCUAAUUGAAAAAAGAAAAUUUAAAAGAAAAAUUAACCAUCUCUAUUUGUAUUAUCGUAUCUGCGGAUAUUUCAUCAAGUUUACGAACAAAAACAUUUAAUGUGCAUUUUUUUCAAUGCUUGAUAUUCCUGUAAACAUCAAAUCCUUACUAACAAAGAUCUAUCAGAUGAGAUCUGCAUUCAAUUUCUCACAAAACUUUAAAUUUCACAAAAGAAAAAAAUCAUUUGUCUCAUGUAUUAUUUGCCCAUUGAAACCCAAAUUAGGACCAUGAAUAUCUGCCCUUCCAUUUUUUCUUUUUUUAUAUUUAUUUUUAAAAGCUUUAAAUAUUAAAUUUUGACUUGUGAUUGAAUA